UUCUAACCUGCUACUUAUCGAUAGCCAUUUUUCUUUGCAAUACAAACUGACAUGAUCCUCAUUUCGACCAUCUGGUCUCUGCUCUUUGUAAACCAAGAUGCCAGCAAUAAAUGAUCUGGGCACUGAGGAUAUCUCAUUUGCCGCUUACGUCAAACUAUUCUCUAUCAAAGCUGACUGGGCCACUCCGCAUGCAGCUAUUAUUAAAGUAAACACCGCUGCUACUCCAUCUGUGCAGCCAGAUAAGCACAAGAGACAGUCUACUCUGGCAUUUGUAGUUGGCCCAACUCAGCCUGCCUUUGCUAGUAUCGAGUCGAUCAAGAUAGCCAGCACCUCUGAUGGCACACGGAGAUUGGGGCUACAGCUGGAAACAGUCAUUAACUUCCAGGACUACUCAAUUCUAUUAGUCGUACCACUGGCGGAAUUGCCUAGCAUCAAAGACCGUGCUGCUAAAUCAAUUGCAUGUUCUAACGCGCUUGUUGCUGCUAUUAAGACACGGCAUGCAGCAGCUAAGGAGGAGCUGGCAAUAUCCAAGAGUCAGCUUAUUGAGUUCAGAAAGCUGGCGUGCCAUUAACCAUACAUGAGUCAUUACUGGUAUUAUUUCGCUUCUGAAGCAGCUGAAUAGCGGUGUUUAUAUAGCUAUUGACCCACAGCUAGCACUUGAGGCGAACAGAAAACACAUGGUCGACUAAUCCAAUGGAAUCGGACGAACGACUACGAUCUAGAAAUGGACUAUAUAAUCCCUGAGCAUGCUGCUUGCAGUUAAUACUGUUAGCCACUGUACGUUGUCAUAGGUCUAUUCAGUAUAUAUACGUAUUGGCCCUAAGCUUGGAAUU